GAGGAAUCUGGAAAGUAUCCUGUGGGCACUUUGGUGAGCUUGGAAGUAGUAACAGCUUCUGAGAAGACUCAUCUAUCCUCACUGUUCUUUAUGUGUUUGACUGUCCAGACCACAAAAAAUAUUGAAAGAACUAAAAACACAACGGAAGAGCAAUAAAACUGAAUGUUGAUGGAAAUGGAGCACAAAAAUGUGACGUCUUUCUUCCUGAGAAAAUACAAUAUAUGGACAAUCGCACCAACCAGCACCUUUGGCAUGGUCAGCAUAUGAAGUGCUUCUGUUUCAACGAAUGUCUGUUUUCAGAGUGCUGGUCGAAAGGUUCCACAGCAAAAAUCAAUGAAGAUGAGGAUCAUAAGAAUGAUCAACCUUCUCAUAAUAAUGAGAAGCGAAGCGAAGCGAAGCGAAGCGAAGCGAAGCGAAGCGAAGCGAAGCGAAGAGAAGAGAAGAGAAGAGAAGAGAAGAGAAGAGAAGAGAAGAGAAGAGAAGAGAAGAGAAGAGAAGAGAAGAGAAGAGAAGAGUAUAUGGGGCUGAUUUUUUUCUAUAUUUUUUAUUAUUUGGUAAAAUCUAAACCUCUUAUUCCAGAGACAAUAAAUCCACUAUACAACACAGGUCGACUCUUGUAG